CACGAGUUUGGGUCCCUACACCCUCUGACCCACAGCAAGUCAUGCAGAUAAUAAGUGCAUGCAACCCAGGCCUUCCUACGGGGAGCUGGAAAUUUGUCAAGGCCUUUGACAAUACCGUAACAGUAGACGGUGUGGUGACGAAACGUGCCACAACGCAAGUAAUGCUGUUACUAACAAACGAUUCUCUAGAACCUUUGGCGAAAAGCGAAGGUAUGAUAAACUAUGGUUUUGGCAAGGUUAAGGUCAGAACCUAUAAAACAGAUGCUGAUGCCAUCGACCAAUUGGCCUCAGAAAUUGAGGCCAAUGACGCUGAGGAAGAUCCUAUGGAGUCCUCCAGCGAUGUCGAAAGCAUCGACAUGGAAGGAUACUGCUCGUCAGGGUCUGAGCUCACAGCUAGACUCAAGAAAAUGAGUACAAGUACGACAACUGAGCUUACAGCUGGUUUGAGUACAACAUACUCAGAAAAAGAGCUCUUGAGCGACUCACAGGAAGAUUCAGAGAGUGUUAACCAUGCGUCUUCUACAAAUAAAUUUACAUCACAGUAA